AUGACAUUUCACACAUCUUCUGGAUCGCCGGAAAAACUAAUACAUCGAGUGACCGUGCCCCGGUUUCUAAACUUUGUCCGUUUGAUUCUGUUGCAGCUGGUGGUUGCCGUUGUGUACGGUCGUUUACCACUGGACAGUCACUCGAGAGGUUCGUACAUUUUAGAUAUUGGACCUCGUCUUAUUAUGGUUUGGACUUCCUGCAGUAUGCUCGUGGUAACGCUACUAGACGCCGUCAACUACCGUUCGUCAAUUGAGAUUUUUAAGAAAAUUCAUGCAAUAGACGGAUGGUUUCAACGAUUGAAAGCUAAUCCGGAGCAUUCAUUGCAUCAGAAUGCAAUCAUCAGGGCAUUGGUGAUUCUUCUAUUGAUAUCCGUUGUUUUACAUAGCGUAACAUUUGCGUUUUUCGUCGUUGAAAUCGGCCACGUUGGAUCCGUUCUGUUGUUAACUACGUGUGGACUCGUUUUCAAUACUUCUUUCACGCUGAUCUUUUGCAGUUAUUUAGUAAGAAGUUAUCUGAUUGGAACACGAUUCGAGCUGGUGAAUCGGAUUAUCUCACUCAGGUUCGUCACUUCCAACCGGAGACGAUUCAUUUGGACUAAGGAGCUGGUAUUGAAUCGGUCCAACGAGCUGGAGUUGGUGAGCAAACUAGCCGACAUACAUGCCGGUUUAGCCGACAUAGUCGAUCUGCUCGGUGAGACACAGUGGUUUCAGACGAUCCUGCUCUCGGUGAAUGUGAUUGGAUUUACAACUUUCAACAUUUUUUCCUCACUUCGGGCGGUCUUCAGUGGCGAGCGUUAUUUGUUGUUCAUGAGUACUCAGACCACCUUGUGGAGCCUUUUCUACUUGGUUCUGUUCAUAGCAUUGAUUUUUAGGAGCUUUCUGCUCGGUUCGGAAGCUAAAAGAACAGCCGUACUGAUCUAUAAAGUGCUUAACAAUACGAAGGAUGAACGGUUGCUGAUGAUUUUGAGAUACUUUGCACGGCAAAUUCAGGACAGACCAGUUGAGGUUCGGUUUAAAGCUUACGACGGGAACUUGCCGGUGUUGCUAUCGGCAAUGGGAACUAUUGGAACGUAUCUUGUUAUAUUGAUUCAGUUUGAUGGUAUGACUUUGGCAAAGGAGAUACCAGGUUCCGAGUGA